AUAUCAAUCACGCCCUGACGCAUCUGAGAGCCUAAUUGCUCUCAUUCUCAAAGGCUUGCUGAGGCGAUCGUAAGAAAUUGACCACCGAUCCCUGCGUGGUUUGCUCAGCCAACCAUCGACGCCUCCAUUCCUCCUCUAGUGCCGGGCAACACCAUCAACCCCCUGAAGCAACCAACGCAGAUCUCUCGUGAGGACCCGCUCCCACGCCACAUUUGGCACACAAACAGUUCAACCUACACCAGAAACUAUCGCAACUCACUGCUUCAUCCAAAGCCACGAUAAGAGGGACGUUAAGGCUGGCGCCCUCACAGCUCCCCGCAAUUGUUGACUCCUAUAUUCGUGAACCCCCACGGCGAGCCACGACGCAGACAUGGCGUUUGCCGAGAGAUCAACAACGCCCGUGCCGACUGUUGCGGUGGUGCCAGACCUUCGAUCACAAUCACCUUCUCCAUCGGCAUCACCAACUCCAGCCAUUUCUGCAAUUCCACAUCUUGAACGCUGCGCAUCAACUACAUCCUCAGCUUCGAGUCUAUCGGGGUCCUCUUCUGCAUCACGGGUCUCGAGCAAUGGCGACCCCAGGCGCCGAGGCUAUCUACGACCACAACCCACUUCAUUCGCCGAAUCAGCUCGAAAUAGAGAAAGUGUAAUGAGUUUGGGGAGCAUCGCCCAUCUUCAGUAUUACUUCGCACGAACCGGCUUGCUUGAUGGUAAAGGCGCACAGCUCGCUCGUCCCGACGAUAAGUCUACAGACCAGAAAAAUGAGUCUCGGCGAAUACGCACCCCAGAGCUCUUCCUUACUCUUCCGGCGCCGCCUUCUGCAGCAGAGUCAUCCUAUAACAACAACAAUAAUAAUAAUCUACGGGACCCAAAGAUAGCAGAUACCUCACAUGAACUGCACUGGGGCAGUGGCUUGGUUGGAAGCCCGGUUGACGAAAGCGAUGCGACUGAUGACGACUGGGAUGAUAAUGAGCCCGCUAUGCUUCCUCCUACUGUGAGCACGUACAAUUACCGAACCAAAUAUGUUCCCCCGCCACCGAGCCCACGGCAGCUGAGAAAGGAGCUGAGGGAAGCGGUGCGCAUUGCGCGACAGACCUUGCAAGAGGUGGACCCACGAAACGUCCCGAAGCAGGCUGAAGCUGGCAGUGACAAGGAUCAUGCCGGUGAGGAAACAAACCACGUUUCUCCAGAAGCACACAGCUCGAGACAAUCCCCGAGUUCUCCGACCACUCCACAAGGCUGGUAUGAAAUCCAAGGGGUUCAUCUGGUCGACGUCAUGACUUUGGCUAUCCGUGCGGCAAAGGUGUAUUACACUAGCCACGAGAACCCAGCACGACUGGCGGCUAUCAAGUCUGAGCGAAAGAUUCGUGAAGAGUUACUUGCAGUCCUUGAUGUCUUGAAACGCAUGGCCACGCGAGAUUUUGCCGGAGGUAUCCGCGAAGCCGAGAUUGACACUCUCCAAAAAUGGUUAUCCGACGUAGAUCGGAUUGUGAACUUAGAAGAGGUUCAAGAACGACAAGAGGUCAAGGAGCGCAGAAACCGGGAAUGGCUUGAUGGAGAAUGGCAAGGACGAGAGCUCGAGCGCGAGUGGCUCUUCCUGAAGUCCUUUGACAAUGACCCUUGCGAUCUGCCGCCAUGGACGCCAAUUGCUUCAAGCAAUAGCAUACCCACAGAGUUUCUCGCGGCGUUCAGGGAUGGAAGGCGGCUGAUAAACCUGCAUAAUCAGAUGGUUCGCAAGUCCAAGCGACCCUUUGGCGAAAUAGCCGUAUUCCACAAUGAUACGGCCAAACCAUAUCGUUGCGCCGAAAAUCUCCGAUUCUGGCGAAAGGCGGCGGAAAUUCGCUGGGAGCUUAAACUGGAGUUCGAUGUGAUGGGCAUCGUGCUAGGGGAGAAUCGCGAUGCGUGGGCAGCCUUCGAAGCUGCCAUUUUCACAUGGUGCAAGGGCGUUCGUGAGGAACUUACCAUUGAGUGGAAGACAGAGGCGGCUGAAAGAGCGGCUAGUCGACCAGGCACCGCGCAGACAGUCUCCGGAGGCGGAGCAUAGGGUCUUGCGAAAAGGACAACACGGUUAAGACCCGCGAUGUAUAGGCCUCAAUCUGAUGAUUAUUGAGUACUUUGCUCUUGGUCAGCAUAAGUUAUCAGUUUAGCCUCAAUCUGCUUCAUUCCCUUUCUGAAAAAUUUGUCGAGGAUUGGGUAAAAUUAUUGUUAUUGCAUGAGCAUUGGAGUCUUAGACAUUAUUGAUAAGAGAUUGCAUUUCUAACAGUGAGAGUACAAGAAGCGGU